GCAUGACAUGUCCGUCUGUAAAUAUAUCCUGAAGAUAAUGGGCGGUCCUAGCUUCGAGGACGUUCGAGGAUGCUGAGUCAAGGAUGUCAAGGAGAGAGGCUAUUUUAAGAAUACGUAGCCCAAAUAAGAUAUAUUUGUUAUGGAUUAAAGCAUAACAAGUCGUUUCAAUAUAGUCAUGUGAAUAGACAGGAAAAAGGAAAACCGUGAGAGUCAUUGUGAUCGACAGUGCGUCUUUCUCUGGAUUAAACCUCAAUAUUGCAAGCGAGAGACAGAAGACAACAGAGCUGUUUAUAUUUCUCCAUCCAGCUGGUAACGUAAUUUGAUAUGUAAUGGGCUUUUUGAGACAAUUGUUUUCCCUGUCUAGGAGUUCUCUAAACAUYCGCAGUGGUGAUACAUUAUCUAAUAGUGGACACAGUGAAGGCUUGAUAAUUUAUUUGGCGUCGGGUUAUUCUGAGUAGACAUAAUUUGAUCCAACAAGGCCUUGUGUAAAUGAUAGGAGAAAACGGAGGACAUCCGUGUUUAAAUGCAAGCAUAGUGUGACGGCUUGGUCAUGAUGAUGCGAGAUGAGUCUUUAUUCRCUUAUUUUCAAAGAUGACAUCAGUGUGAUGAUGAUGCAAUUUAGUGAAAGCCGUCACUUUGAUUUUAUAGCUCARCAUCCUGUCCAGAUGAUGGGAUUGUAAUUUCACCUAUUGUGGUUUGUUCAUGUAUCUAAACAACUUGAUUGCAAGACAAACAUUGUUUCCCAUUCAGUUAUAACCAGGUUAUUACGCACACGUUUAUUUCUCCAGAGAAACUGGCCUGAUAAUCGAUCUGUUAUUGAUCGGGGCCUGCAACAAGCCCUCUUGGCCCUGACAGAGAUUGGCGGUUGAUGCUCUUAUCUCUAACUAUUUCCCUCUGGAGACUCUAUCGAUACCUCUCCAUGUUCAGCKCCGAAAGACUCACUGUACCGGAAUAUGUCAGCCGGAUUGGGAACCGGAGGUCGGGCAGCUCGAGCUCAUCCUCGGAAMCGAAAGCACCACCGGUCUCACCGGGUGUCCACGGUGCCGACGUCCAGGAUGUUUUGGAUACUUCGCUCCCGGCCCUGCGCUCCGCUAUCAAGACACUGAAAUCAGCCAAAGAUACAUCGGAUCUAGACGAGACCCGCAGGGCCAUCGCAGAGACGUUCCAGUUAGUGGAGGAGGCCUGGGUUCUGCCUACUGUGGGCCGGCAGGUCGCGGAGGAGAUAUGCAACAGGAUACGACUGGACGGAGGACUGGAGCUGCUCCUGCAACUCCUAAUGACACCUGCUGUGGAGAUCACCUAUGAGUCUGCCAAACUACUGGAGCAGAUACUGGUCUCUGAGAACAGAGAUUACGUGGCUCACAUGGGUCUGGGGGUGAUCCUGAACCUGACGAGGGAGACAGAGGACGCCCAGCUGGCCCGCAGUGUCUCAGGCAUCCUGGAGCACAUGUUCAAACACACCGAGGAGACGUCCGCCCAGCUCAUCACCAACGGCGCCCUGGAUGCCCUGCUCUUCUGGUGCCGCGGUACCGACCCCACCGUCCUCCGCCACUGUGCCGUGGCACUUGCCAACUGCGCCAUGUAUGGCGGCCAUCACUGCCAGCGGCUGAUGAUCGAGAAGCAGGCAGCCGAGUGGUUGUUUCCGUUGGCGUUCUCUAAAGAGGACGAGCUCAUCCGCUUCCAUGCGUGUUUAGCGGUGGCCGUGCUCGCCAAUAACCGGGAGAUCGAGCAGGAGGUGGUGAAGUCAGGGACGUUGGAGCUGGUGGAGCCCUUUAUUGCAUCUCUGGACCCUGAUGAGUUUGCCAGGAGCUUGCUGGACAGUGCGGACAGCAUGCAGGGGAGGACGGCUGCAGACUUACAGCAGCUGCUGCCACUAUUGGAUGGGGCCAGACUGGAGGGGAAGUGUAUCGCUGCCUUCUACUUGUGUGUCGAGACCAGCAUCAAGUCACGCCAGCGGAACACCAAGAUCUUCCAGGAGAUAGGUGCGGUGCAGAGCCUGAAAAGGAUUGUCAUGUACUCCAGCAACGGGACGGCCUGUGCCUUGGCCAAGCGGGCACUGGGGAUGAUGGGGGAGGAGGUGCCGCGACGUAUCCUCUCCUCUGUGCCCAACUGGAAGGGUGGUGAGGUGCAGAGAUGGCUCCAAGUGAUUGGAUUCAGCUCUUAUACUGAGCGCUUCCAGGAGCUGCAGGUGGAUGGUGACCUACUGCUGAACAUCACAGACCAGGAGCUGAGCACUGACCUGGGCAUGACCGCAGGACUCACUCGCAAGAGGUUCCUCCGUGACCUGCGCGUGCUGAAGACCUACGCCAACUACUCGACCUGUGACCCCAACAACAUGGCUGACUGGCUGGGCGAGGUGAACCCACGCUUCCGCCAGUACACCUACGGCCUGGUGCAGUCUGGCGUGGACCGCAAGAACGUCCUCCACCUCACCGACCAGCAGCUCCAGUCAGACUGUUACAUAGAGAACGGCAUCCAUCGCGCCAAGAUCCUGGCAGCCGCCCGUAGGCCGAUUAAGCCGUGUCUGACCGAUGCCCAGCCCCCUGGACCGGACGUGUUUAUUAGCUACCGCAGGACUACCGGUUCCCAGCUCGCCAGUCUGUUGAAGGUCCACCUGCAGGUCAGAGGUUUCAGUGUGUUCAUUGAUGUGGAGAAGCUGGAAGCAGGGAAGUUUGAGGACAAGCUGAUCCAGAGCGUCCAGCGGGCACGGAACUUCAUCCUGGUGCUGUCUGCCAACGCCCUCGACAAGUGCAUGGGUGACACUGGCAUGAAGGACUGGGUACACAAGGAGAUAGUCACAGCUCUCGCUGGGAAGAAGAACAUCGUCCCUGUCACUGAUAACUUCAUGUGGCCUGACCCAAACUCUCUGCCUGAGGACAUGAAAACCAUCCUCAACUUCAACGGCAUCAAGUGGUCCCAUGAGUACCAAGAGGCCACCAUUGAGAAGAUUCUGCGAUUUCUCAAAGGCAACCCCAGCCAAGACCAGACAGACUGUCCCAAGACAGACUGCCCUAAGAAGAAGAAACAAAGGCCCUUGAGUGGUGCUCUGGUCUGUGAUGAUGUAAAAUUGUGACCAUUAGUGAUCAGUAAUCAAUAAUGUCGAACAGAGCAUGCUCUGCGCUCUGGUUAGUCAGCUCUGCCCGUUUGCAUGUGAAAACACGUUUAAUAGUCUGUAUUUAAAUCAUAUGUUUYUCAGCACUUGUAAAUACCAUGUAGUGCUCUCCAAAACUGCAGUGCCACUGUCAUAAGCUGUUAUUAGCAUGGUCAGGUAUAUUGUUUGUCUCUCAGGAAAUAACCAGUCUUAAAAGUCAGCCGUUGAUGGCAUCAUGCAUUACACGUAAUACAAAUGUGGAGUAUCUCUGUUUCCUCUCCAUAGCACUGCUCUCUCAUUGUUAUAAAUACGCCCAUAUUUUCAAAGAAAAGACAACAUUCUGGUUUAUAGUAGCCUGAGUACCAGCCUGUUUGUGCUAUCAUUCCAACUCCUUGACAUGUUAGGGUUGGAGUUGGCAAGAGUACAAACAGAUCUGGGACCAGGCUUUUAGUAAUGUUCCUGUGUAAAGUACAUAGUGUAUGCGAAAUACUGUAUCUUUUUUUUUCUUCUCAUGGUGCUUAAAUGGAAUCCUGCAAGCUCA